AUGAACAACGGUGAUAAUAGUUCUACAUAUCCCGAUGACACUCAUGCUGUUAGACCGUCUGAUAAAUAUGAUGCAAGGCUACACUUUAACUGUGCAGAUGACGAAAUGAAAGCUUUCAACGAAAAUGCUACAAAAAUUAGUUCAGUGUAUCCGUUUGCAGCUAGAUUGCUGAAGCAAGCCUAUGGGCCAGUUAGGCUUAGUUUGAUUCGUUAUAAUAGUGUGGGAGAACGAAACGAGUCUCAGCCUCAACAGAACUGUCAUUUAGACAUAAGUGAAGGGACACAACAACACCUCAUCAACAUUUCACAGGAAGACAGUCAAGACAUCGUCACCUGUAAAACACAGAAAAGAAACGUGUUUGUACAAGUAAAUCCAAUAGCUUCACAACAUGCUAAUCGUUUUGAAAAGUUGAUAUUUACUAGAAACACAGGUAUUAAGCCAUUUAAACAUGUUUUGGUCCCACGAAGAAGAGGUUUCCAGUUAAUACUGAAUCACUUGCAUGACUGUCUCGAUGCUUUAUACGAUGUGACAACUGUAUUCGCAGAUGGAGAUGGUUAUCCAUACGACCAUGGCAUACCUGCACCAGGAUUAACAGGUGGGCUGAAUUUUUUUCAUGUUUCUCAAUGAUAACUUACAGUGAAAAUCUAAUUUCAGUACAUGCUAAAAUAUUCUUUUGCAUUACCUCUACAUAUUUGUGGUAUGUAAAAGUAGUAGGCAAUGCAAACCUUGUUAAAUAUGUGCAACUAAUAAACGUAUUAUUACUCUGUUAAUCUGUAAUGUUAACGCCAUAUAUUCUACAGCAGUUCACAUCAGAAUUGACUAGCCUAUCUUAUGCAUACCUCCUGGUAAUAGUUGCUUCAGUUAUUACCUGAAAAGCUGCCG